AUGUCGACUGCUAAUUUAGAAGAUAUUUUAAAUGCCGAAGAAGUUAUUCCUAUUGUUUUAUUACAGGGUUUAUCUGAAAAUGUUUGCUCAGAAGAAAUCAAUGUUAAUAUACCUUAUAAAGUUACUAAGAUAGAUCUAAAGUAUCAGGUACAUAACAAAUGGGGGAAAAGCUUGAUAGAAAUGCCCUUAUUUACAAUUAAUAACAUUCAAAAUCAUCGCAAACUAAGUGGUAAAUCAAAAGGAUUAUCUAUUAAAAAAACACUCUUAAGAGGUAAAAAAUUCCAAGAGGAGCGGUAUAUUUCAUCGGAUUCAAUAUUUACAUAUUCUGCAAACAAUGUAUUUAAAACUAAAGGAUUAUGUAGAGCUAGCAUGAAAAAAGAUAUAUGGGAAGUUACUGUCCACAUAUCACAAAAUUCGUCCCAAGUUAUCUAUGCUUGCUGUUCUUGUCCAGCAGGAAUGAGUGGAUAUUGUAACCAUGUAAUGGCUUUGUUGUUAGAAUUAGCAGAUUACUCUACAAAAUUUUUAAAAAAAGUCCCUACUGAAAUAUCUUGUACAAGUAAACAACGACAAUGGGGUGUUCCUGGUGGAAAAAAAAGAUACAAAGCUCCUAUAAUGAGUUCAAUUGUUAAGAAGGAAAAUAAUAAGCGUGGUAUAAAGUCUACAUUUUGGAUUUGCCCAUGUUGUACCACCCAUUCACACUUACAAAUAUGUCAAUACAAGAUUUGGUCAAUUUCCAACAGGCUCACCUCUAAGUAUGCACUUGCAAGUUGUGGAACCACAUUUUACCUUGAAUAUUUACCUUUAAAAGAAUUAAGUGAUGACUAUAAUGACAUCGUUCCAGAUUGUAUAUUUUCUUUUGAAAAAAAAAAUUAUUUAAAAAAAAUAGAAGUUACAUACUUAGAGGCUAAAAAUAUUGAAAAGGCAACAGUUUUACAAAAUUUUUCGGAUAAGUGGUUUGCCUUACGAAGAAACAAAAUUACUUCAAGCAACGCUCAUAAAGUAUAUAUUAAAACUAAAAACUUUGACAGUCUUAUCACCAUAUUUACACAAAAACUUAAUUUAAUUGAUUCUAAACUUUUUCAAAAAGCUAUAAAACAUGGUAAAGACUUUGAACCUAUUGCCAGGGAAACUUAUAUCGAUGUUAUGAAAUAUAAACUUAAUCAUUCUAUAAAAUGCAGAGAAACAGGGAUUGUUAUACAGCCUAAACUACCAUGGCUUGCAGCAUCACCUGAUGGUAAGUUAAUUAACGGAGAAUUAAAUAAUGAAUUUGGAUUGAUAGAAAUAAAAUGCCCUUGGUCAAAAAGAAAUCGUACCCCAAAAGAAUUAGUACUCGACGAAUCUUUUUAUGUUAAAAUGAAAAAUGAUAAACCAGUCUUGAGAAAAAAAAAUGUAAACGGCUAUUACACUCAAAUACAAAUGGCUCUAGGAAUAUCACAAGUAACAUUUUGUGAUUUCAUUGUUUAUACGUUUAAAGGAUGCAUUAUUAUUCGAAUUCCUUUUGAUAUAAUGUACUUUAAAGAUGUUGUAAAUAAACUUAACUUAUUUUAUAUCAAAUAUCUUUUACCUGCUAUUGUUGAACUUGAGACAAGUCAAAUUGAACAAUAA